AGAAGCCCCGCCCACAAGAGUAGCUUGCCUGCGGUUCUGGCGCUUGAAUAAGCCGUGCACCCAUGGGUGAGGACUGGGCCCUGGGCCCCGCGCUGGGCUCCUCUUUGCUUCUGUGCUCCGCGCUGCUGGCCGCGGGGUGCGCGCUGGGCCUGCGUCUGGGCCGCGGGCGGAGCGUGGUGGAGCGUGGUGUGCUCGCCUGGCUGUGCUAUGAUGCCCUGGUGCACUUCGUGCUGGAAGGCGCUUUUGUCUACUUGUCUCUAGUAGGAAAUGUUGCAGAUUCCCAAGGCUUGAUUGCAUCUUUAUGGAAAGAAUAUGGCAAGGCUGAUGCAAGAUGGCUAUAUUUUGAUUCAACCAUUGUGUCAGUGGAAAUUCUGACUGUUGUCUUGGAUGGGUUUCUGGCAUUGGUUCUCAUUUAUGCCAUAGUCAAGGAGAAAUAUUACAGGCAUUUCAUACAGAUCACCUUGUGCGUGUGUGAACUCUAUGGUGGCUGGAUGACCUUCUCCCCUGAGUGGCUUCUUGGAAGCCCCAACCUCAACACCAAGAGCUACCUCUACUUUUGGGUGUAUUUGGUGUUUUUUAAUGGUUUAUGGGUUCUGAUCCCAGGACUGCUGCUGUGGCAGUCAUGGAGGGCACUGAAGGAGACAUAUUACCAAGGGGCCAAUUUAGAGAAAAAACACUUGUAAAUUCUCAAAAUGUUGUAUCCUGAUGUUCUGCUUUAUGAGUCAGAAUUGACCAGACAUUCCAAUCAAUACUUCAUUUUUACAGUGUUGUUUCCAAAUAGCCAUUACAGAUGGGUUGGAAGGUGGCAAACUUUGUUGUUUGUUUUUGUCCUUUAUUAUACACUAAUGUAAAGAAAAGACAGGACGUGGGGUGUGGUGUUUGCCCAGCACUCACAAGACCUUGAGUUAUACUCUCAACACUACAAGGGGCUGGCGGGUAAGUUUUCGCUUGUAAUAAGAUCAUAUUAAUUAGAUGCUCUUAUGUCCUGCAUAAUUGUUAUGCCAUAUUUGUAUAUGAGUAUUGAAGAACACUGUAAGGAGUAGCAUUAAUUUUUAUUAAAAAAACAACAACACACACAUUUGCUUCAGCUUUUAUUCUUCUCAGUGGUCUCUUUGGGUUAGGGUUAGUGGUGUAAACCUAGAAGUAAAAGGAAUGAUUCCGUUUUACACUUAUGUUUUUUUUCAAAUUUGUGUACACAGUAGAAAACGGUAGCAGUCCGUGGAGUGGUGUGGAGUGGAGUGUACAUGUACACGUGACAAGCUGAGGAGGAUCAUGGGUUUGAGGCCAGUCCGGCUGACAUAGCAUAUAUCCUAUCU